AUGCCAUGCCACCACACGUGUGCCAACAGACGAGCAUACCUGACGCUAACUGAUCACGACAUACCGCUCAAAGCACAAAUCGGAAUCCGUGACGUUUGGAAAAAGGAGGAUGGCGCACUCCAAACGGCCAUCAGGAAGCUCGAAGAAAUCUUGGGCCACGAGGUGGACGCUGAGCCCGAAUGGCAUCUUUUGAUCGCCGAGCUUGACUCCUAUUAUCCCGACAAACUGGACCUCGUGGCUAGCGUCACCGGGUGCGUUCUAGUAUGGGUCAAGAGCAUGAUCGAGCUUUUGGAUGACUCUGAACACGAAGCAUGGGGGGAGCAGUUGCUGGAAAAGGUCCCCUCUCGCCUCAGGAUCUUUAUAGCCGUUGCGGACUCGGACAAGGCCGCCACGUCGUGGUCGGAGCAGCGGCGAGGAUUUGUCGUCUCUCUUCCCAAGAAACAGGCCUUUCAGCUUCAACCAACCGAACUGUUUCCCAUCUUUCGUGGCAACCUCCUUACUUGCUUCGAUACCGACAAGAAGCAAACCGAGCUUCCGGUUCGGGAUGCCCAGGCCAUCACGACACCUGGAGACGACUGGGCAGAGGUAGAGGUCAAUGUCGACGCCUCCAAGCCACGAGCAAAGGUCGAGUUUCUUCCCGACGCGGCGUCUCUACCACGCCCCGACCAGCUGUUUCUUCGACCGCCCUAUUACCUGACCAUGACGGCAAGCACCAAGAGGAUCGAGUUGCACUGCAGCCACAGCCCUACCCUUCAGUUCUUGUCGGAGUAUCUGCAACGCUGGUGUCGGGUCAAUCGCCAUGAUACCACCAAUCCUCCAGCUGUCCAGAUAACGCUCCAUCAGUCUGCGUUCGGGCUGGGCGAAAUGUUCAACUCGCUCGUCCUUAGCACGGAGCACACCCGGUACACAAACGAGUUCCAAGUGACGGCGCCCAUGGUUGCUGCUUUGAUCGAGAGUGUGCUGGGAUACGAGCUGUUGCCGGCACUGGGUGGUUGGAGCUUUCGGAGGGAUGUUGAGUUCAAAACGCUGUGA